AUGAUCGGCCGCCUUCACCUCCAAGUCCAAGUGGCUACUACUUCAAGUUACCUCGACUACCUUACUACACCUCCCAUCUUAAUUCCCAGCAUGGCUGUAUCAGCCUUUCCCUCGGCGGGAGACUCCCCAGAUAUCACUCUCCUCAAUGCCGCCCGUCUUUUCACCCGCCUGGAGUAUAACCUCCUCUCACCAGCGGCGGAGCUCCGCAACCUACGCAAGUCCGAGUACCAGCGCUUGCGAGUGACAAAGAACGUUGAAUAUGCGCGGACCCUCCUCACCCAGCUCGAGCGCUCGCUCCCACAAUUAAAACAACCAGACCGCAGGCAUGAAGCGCAGGCGGAAAUCGCUCGCGAUAGGCAGCUCUUGAAGAGGAUGCAGACUGUUCUCGACGAGGAAGAGGCGGAUGCCCGCGCAGACGAGAAUGGGGAUGACGUUGAGGAUGAGGAUGAGGAAGAUGAUGAGUGGAAAGAGCUGUUCUCUAAGCCGAUUGUGGAGAAGAGGGUCGUUUCUUCGACGCCGGAUGUCAAUGAACAACCCCACACCCUCCGCAAUAGACACGCCCCAACCACCGCACCCAAAGAAUCCUCCGCGAAAACAACAGGAAGCAGCACAACCCCAGCAGACUCCAAGAUCGCAGCCGAAAAGGCCCUCGACGACGACCGCUCCGAACAAGAAGACCUAACCAGCUCACUAGUCGCAAUGGCCAGCCAACUAAAGUCCCAAUCGCAGUCAUUCCAGGAAACGCUGGACAACGAGAAGGAUGCGCUGGAUCGAGCUUCGUUGGGCAUGGAUAAGACUUCGUCGACGAUGGAGGCGGCGGGGAGGAGGAUGAGCAUGUUGACGCGGAUGUCGGAAGGGAAGGGGUGGUGGGGGAGGAUGAUGCUUUAUGCCUGGAUCUUUGGGUUGUGGAUUGUUGCGAUUUUGAUCGUUUAUGUCGGGCCUAAGUUGAGGUUCUGA